CUUUGCUUUUUCAUUUUUAAAAUAAAUAUAUAUAUUCCUGGUGGGAAGACAUUCAUUCGUUCACUCAACUGGGUUUCUCUUCUUCUUGUUCCAAUCUUUUGGUCUAGAGUAGAACAAGUCAGAGAUAUGGGUCUGCAAGAGUAGUAGCAGUAGUCAUAGAUAGUGGUGAGCAGUGUGAAAACAUAGAACACAAGAGUUGAAAAAUGGAGAAUGAGAGUUCUAAAGAAGAAGUGAUUACAGGGUCAGGGUUGUUCGUGAAGGUUAUGACUGAUGAACAAAUGGAGCUUCUAAGGAGGCAGAUCUCUGUCUACGCCACCAUCUGUGAAAAGCUUGCUGAGAUGCAUAAGGCCAUCUCUGCCCACCAUGAUCUUUCUGGCAUGAAGUUGGGUGCUCUCCACUGUGAUCCUCUUAUGGCUUAUGCUGGGCAUAAGAUCACAUCAAGGCAGAGGUGGUCUCCAACACCUUUGCAGCUUCAAAUACUCGAGCGUAUUUUCGAUGAAGGUAAUGGUACUCCAACCAAGCAGAAGAUCAAAGAGAUAACUUCAGAACUCACACAACAUGGCCAAAUCUCUGAAACCAAUGUCUACAAUUGGUUUCAGAACAGAAGAGCUCGUUCCAAAAGAAAACAAUCUGCUUCAGCACCAAACAAUAUGGAGCCAGAAGCAGAGACUGAGACUGAGUUUGUUAAGGACAAUACAAAGCCAGAAGACACUGAAUUCUAUGACAACUCAGCCCCAAGAGACCAUAAUAAUGAUGUAUACUUUCCUAGUCCUGAGGAGUUGAUCAGUUGGUCUGCAAAUGGGGGUGUCCUUGAGCUACAGUCAUUACCAUCAUGGGGUGGAUUCAAUGUGGAUGAGCUUUAGCUGAAGCUAUUAUAUAUACUGUAUGUUGUGUUGUUGUUGUUAUAAAAUUCAAGGUUAGGAGAAUUUGAUCAACUAAAUGAUAUUCCCACAACUAGUUUUAGCAAACACCUAUAUGGUCUUCUUAAUAUGUAUCUAUGUAUAAAAACCAGGCAGUAGAUUGAUUUUGCAAAUACUAAUGGGGCAAAAAAAACAAACUCUCUUGGUUGUUUUAGCAUUAUAUGAUUGUAAAUCCUUUUGUUAUGUGAUUCUAAUGAACACCAUUUUUGAAUUCUAUAGCA